AAGAGACCGGAUGUUGACAAAUUUCAUGUCACUGUUCUUAGAAGGUCGUUUGUUUUGUGAGAGAGCAGAUUUCUUAUCUGGGAUCUCUCUCUUCACUAUACAUUAUUCUUUCUCUCUCUAACAUUUUUUUUUAUUUGUUUCUUCACUUUGAAAAGAAAAAAAAAAUUACCCAACAGAUCGAAAUCGAUGAUCUUAGCUUCUUCAUUGUUGUUUCUACAACACCCACUUUGUUAAAUUGUUUUUUUUUUCUUAAAGUUUUUAUUUUUAUUAUAGUUUGAGUCAAAAGACUAAAUUUUUAUUCUCAAUUCAUGGUGGAUUCUUAAUAGCAAGUUAUUUGAGGAUGUGGGUUUGAGGUUUUCAAAUUUCUUUGCCCGAGAUUGAAUGGUGGAGAAUGAAUCAGAUUUAAUGCAUUUGAAACUCGUCCAUUUGAAAUAUGAUUUCCACCCGGUGGUGUGAUAGGGAUGGGAACCAAAGUUCAGAGUCUUCCAGGAUACUACUCAAUGAGAGAUCUUAAUGAGGAAUCCAGCAGUUGUGGCUGGCCCCUAUUUUAUGGAGAUAAAGCACUGGCAAAUGGGCAAUAUUAUCAGAACCAUCUUCCAAGUGCUGCGACAGAUGUAUGUUCAGCAUAUGAUAAGGAUUUUGUGAAGCAGAUGAUGCUUGAGCAUGAGGCCAUAUUUAAGAAUCAGGUGUUUGAACUUCAUCGUUUAUACAGAAUACAAAGAGAUUUGAUGGAUGAAGUAAAAAUGAAAGAAUUACACAGGAACCAUGGAUCUGUUGGUACAUCAUUUUCCCCAGGUCCUUUGCCAACUCAAAUAACAUCUGAAGAUGCUAAAAAGUGCAACGUUCCUAGCUUUCCAAUAACAGGAAGUUCUGCCUGUGAUAGGCCAUCGGUUUCAGGAGUUGCGGGCAUUCAUUCUCCUUUUGGUUCUAACAAAGGAAUCAAUAAGCAAACUUGUCUGUUUCAAUCACCAAAUGGAAGUAGUUCAAAAGAUGUUGAGAUACUGGAGUCUAGACCCUCAAAGGUGAGGAGAAAAAUGUUUGACCUUGACCUCCCUGCUGAUGAGUACAUUGAUACUGACGAAGGUGAGAAGUCUAGUGAUGAAAAGAUAAGUGGCACAACGACUCCUGAUAGAAGUUGUAGAAAUGGUAAGGGAGAUGAUGUAAAGCUUUUUUUUGGCAACGGUGGGAAGACUGGUGGCCAGGAAGACACUUCAAGAUCUGAGCAGUCUUUAAGGAGCAGAAAUGGUUUGGCUGACUUAAAUGAACCGGUUCAAGUGGACGAAACAAAUGAUGCUGCAUGUAUUCCUCAUCUAAACGAUAAGCCCUAUCAAGGGGCAACUGAAUGCGCUAAUCUAUCUGCCAAACAGAAGUCAAGGCUUUUUGGUUUUCCUACGGAAGAUUUACUCAACUCACAUCAUGCUUCUUCAAGCAAUGGGUAUUUGAAGAAUGAUGUGAAUGGAAAAGGGUGGAUUUCAUCAAAGGAGACAGGGCAAGCUAAAAGCAGUUCAAAUCCCAUUCCUCAAGUCUUCAAACAAGAGCAAUCAUUUUUUUCACCCCAAAAAAUGCAAGAUGUACUUGGUAAAGGUCCCGAACCUACAUCUGAUUAUCUAAGUAAUAGAAGUAAUACUGGUUUAUGGAGGGAAAAGACAAUCGGUGGUUUGGAUAUCCGUGAAAGGAAUAACGCUUACUCCAAUGGUAAGCAUCCAGAGUCUAUUAUAUCAUCGCACAGUCCUGGUCUCUUUGCAACUGCUCCUUCCUCAGAUUUUGCCAAGUCUUGGUCUCAGUCAGCUUGGAAUAUGGCAAGUAGUAGUCUAAACCAGAAGUUGAUGUCUGUUCAGAUGCCUCCAUCUCCAUUUCUAAAUGCAUCUGGUGCCUUGAGUAGAAGUUCCCAGUCACAUCAAAGCAAUGGAAUUUUGGGAGAUAGAUGGCCUUUGAAUAUCAAUUCCAAGCAUAAUCCAGGUUUUCACUGUGAGGCGUCUGUGCAGAAUGGAUUCAACCCCAGGAUUGCUGAACACUUCAACAAUGGUUCAGUAAACUAUAAUAAGGGUUCAAAUUUAAUUUGCAACGACAUGAUUGCCAGAAAAGAUAUUAACUUGAAUGUGCGGCUUUCAAAUGGUUUAUCCAAUGACUUAGCUACCCAGUCAAGUCUUGGGAUCAGAGAUCGAGAACAGAAGCACGAGGAGCAGCUUGCUGUGUUGCCUUGGCUUAGAUCCAAGGAUAUAUGUAAGAAUGAGACUCAAAACGCUGGUAGUAAUAGAUGCUUAACUAAUGGAGGAUUGAGUUUUCUCCAGGUUGCUUCUGUAUCUUACAAGGAUGAUACUGGAAAGGGGUCUAGCGUAACUUCAGGUUUGUGUUCAAAUGUUGUUGAGCCGAGUAGGAUAGAAGCCAGUGAGAGCUGUAGUGAAAAGAAAAUUCUUGGUGUUCCCAUAUUUGGUAUGCCUCUAAUUUCUGCGAAGGAGUCACCUUCACCCAUUUCUCCAUCUGUGUCAGUUCCUAGUCCAUCAGGCACAAAACUGGCAGAAAAUAAUCGGAAAAACCGGGUACUUGAUAUUAACUUGCCUUGUGAUGCUGAUGUUCUUGAGGUUGACAUGGACAAACAAGCUGCCACUGAAGUUAUUGUUUGUAGGGAAGGACUUCCUAAAAUGGAAGACAACUCUAGAAAUCAAUUUGACCUAAACUUGAGCAUGAGUGAGGAUGAAGCAGUUCUGACAACAAUUCCAACCACCAAUGUUAAAAUGAAGAUGGUAAUAGAUCUUGAAGUCCCCGCGGUUCCUGAGACAGAGGAGGAUGUCAUUCCUGAAGAAAAGCAGCUUGAAACCCCUUCAGUAUCACCACCAAGCCCACAAGUCACAGUUGAACAACCGCAAGAUGACUUUAUGAAGUAUGCAGCUGAGGCAAUUGUUUCCAUGUCAUCUCUUUGCUGCAAUCAAGUGGAUGAUGUGACUAGAAGUCCAUCAGAAAGCCCAAUGGUGGAUCCACUAAGUUGGUUUGCGGAUGUAGCGUCCUCAAGGGGAAAAAUUUGUAAGGGGAAAGGGGUAUCUUCCUCCAAAGAAAUGGAUUACUUUGAGUCCAUGACAUUGCAACUGGAAGAUAUGAAGGAAGAAGACUACAUGCCUAAACCUCUUGUUCCAGAAAACUUCAUGGUAGAAGAAACUGGAACAACUUCGUUACCUACUCGGACACGAAAGGGGCCAGCAAGGAGAGGGAGGCAGCGGAGGGAUUUCCAAAGGGACAUCCUUCCAGGCCUUACAUCUUUAUCAAGGCAUGAAGUAACAGAAGACCUGCAGACAUUUGGCGGGCUUAUGAAAGCAACAGGUCAUGCAUGGCAUUCAGGACUAACCAGGAGAAGCUCUUCUAGGAACGGGUGUGGCAGGGGUAGGCGGCGGUCACAGGUUCCACCAUCCCCCCCUCCUCCAGUAGCAACCAUUGAAACUUGUACCCCACUGAUGCAGCAGCUUAACAAUGUUGAAGUGGGUUUGGAGGAUAGAAGCCUAACAGGUUGGGGAAAGACAACAAGAAGGCCCCGUAGACAGAGGUGCCCGGCAGGUAUUCCUCCAUCAAUUCGGUUAACUUAAUCAUUGUAAGAGGCUUAAAUUUAUAGAUGAGAAUUUAUAGAGGGUAAGGAAGGCCAAUUUCUAUAUUGAUAGGACAUGUGAUGUCUAAAGUGCGGGAUUUCUCUUUGUACAUUUCUUCAAACCCGUAUUUGGAUAUAUGCUUGAUUUUCAGUUAGUCUUCGGAUGAUACCAACUUGUAUUAUUCCUGAAUAAUGUUGCAUGAUUUAUUCUUGGUUAUCUCUUUGAGAAUUGUUUUA